GCUCUGAUUUGGGGCUGGUUCUGGUUCUGGGAGCAGCUCUGAUUUGGGGCUGGUUCUGAUGCUGGUGCUGGUCGGAGGUUGCUGGCUGUUCUGGUUAAGGUGCUGGUUCUGGUGCUGGGCCAUUCACCAGCUCCACUACAGCUCUGCACCCGGGGUGGGCGUUGCGCGGGGGCUGGUUUGGGUUGGAUGGUGCUGGCGGCCUUGCUCCCGGUGUCCCCUUGGGAAGGCUCUGGGGCUGGUUCUGGCAGUGGUACCAGUCGUGCUGUGAUAGAGGUGCUGGCUCAGUGCCAGGGGGCGCCUGGUUCUGGCUUGAGUCCCAGGUUCCAAGGCAGGAGGGACUAUUGUGCGCAUCUCGUGGGACUCCCAAGUCGGAGAAGGGCCCAAGUCAUCCCUAGAGCAGAGCUGUUCGACAAUGUCCAACCAUGGCUUAAACAUUGCCAGUGAGGGAGCAUCCCCAACCCUUGGCUAAUUGCUCCCAUGGUUAAUGCUCUCGCCAGUAACAAUUUACAUCUUGUUUCUAGUCUGAAAUUGUCUAAUUUUGACUCCCAGCCUUUGGAUCAUGUUAGACUUUCCUCUGCUGGACUAACGCUCUGUUCUAGCCAGGAUCACGUCACCCCUGGACCUGCGCUGUGCUCAGCUACAGCGAUGGAGCUCCUGGACUUUUCUGGUCUUAUAAUCCUCCUCCUGGUUCUUCUCUGGCUCCUCUGCAAUUUAUCCGCCUCCUUCCUGAACUGGACACAGGAGUCCAGCUGUAUACACACCAGGGCCGAGGAACCUCUCUGCCCCUACUCGAGACUCCUCUGUUUAUGUGUCCCAGGAGCCCCUUGGGCCACGGAGAAAGAUAAAUUAUGCUCUUCCACAUUAUCACCAACAAUGUGGAGGGAAACAUAAACCCACCCCCCACUGAUACUCACCACUCCCCUUCCUCCCAUCCAGGCGCUGUAUAGGUUGUAGAACCGCCCUCACGGCCCCUCUAAAGCGGGUUGGUUUUGGAACCAGCACGGCCUUCCUCCACCCAGUGACUGCCAGCGCUUCGGGGUCUCUCCGGGGCUCUGAAAUGAGUCCAAUUAUCAGCCUCCUUUUCCUGAUUAACAUCGUCCUCCCAGCUGGUUUUAGCUCGGGCCUCCAGGCUGCCUCUCUCAAUGGUGCUGUUGAACCUGGGUCUUGGCAGGAGGCUGGUGCUGGUUCUGGUUUAUGGUCCCUGGUGCGAUCCGGAUUCACUGAGCUCCAAGAGGGAAGUUUCCUGCAGACGCCAUCCCUGCAGCUGCUCCUGUUCACAUCCAGCACCCUGGGGCUGAUCAGGGACGAUGCCUUCGUGGGACUCCUGCACCUGGAGUAUCUGUUCAUCGAGAACAACAAAGUCGGCUCCAUUUCCAAGAACGCACUGCGGGGCCUCAAGGGGCUUGUGCAUCUGAGCCUGGCACACAACCAGCUGCAGACGCUGCCACGCCACCUGUUCCGGGGCCUGGAUGCCCUCACCCACGUGGACCUGCGGGGGAACCCCUUCCACUGCGACUGCCGGAUCAAGUGGCUGGUGGAGUGGCUGAGCAGCACCAAUGCCAGCGCUGAGCUGGGCGAGUGCCAGGGCCCGGCCGAGCUCAACGGCACCCGGCUGAGCCAGCUGCACCUUCAGGACUUUGACUGCAUUACCACCGCGCUGGUACUGUUCCAGUCGCUGCCCUUCCAGGCACUGGCGGUGGAGCCGUUCUGGUACCGGGGGGAGCAGCACGUGGCCAUCACCCAGCCCUUCGCAGGGCGCUGCAGCCUGCUUGAGUGGGACCACCUGGACGGGGCCUUCCGGGCCUACGCCUCCAUCAACGGCUCGUCGCCCGUGGCCUGCAAGCCGCUGGUGGUGGAGGGGCGGCUGCUGGUGGUGCUGGCACAGCUGGCCGGGGGUUCCCAUGUGUGGCGCCAGGAGGGGGCCUCGGGGCGCUUCGUGCGGCUGCAGGAGCUGGGCCCGCAGCGCAUCCGCAAGCCCAACGCCCUGGCCAGUUUCCGGGUGGACGGCGACUGGUUCCUGGCCGUGGCCGACAGCUCCAAGGCGGGGGCCACCACGCUCUUCCGCUGGGGUGGGCGCGGCUUCUACGCCCACCAGGCCCUGCAUGCCUGGCACCGCGACACCCACGUGGAGUUCCUGGAGCUCGCCGGCCGGCCCAGCCUCAUCCUGGCCAGCAGCUCCCAGCGCCCCGUGGUCUACCAGUGGAGCCGGCCCGGCCGUGCCUUCCUGCGCCACACGGAUAUCCCCGACAUGGACGACGUCUACGCCGUUAAGCACUUCCGCCUGCGCGGGGACGUCUACGUAUGCCUGACCCGCUUCAUUGGUGACUCCAAGGUGAUGCGCUGGGAGGGCUCCAUGUUCCGGGACGUCCAGCACAUGCCAUCGCGCGGCUCCAUGGUCUUCCAGCCGCUGGGCAUUGGGAACCACCGCUAUGCCGUGCUGGGCAACGACUACUCCUUCAGCCAGGUUUACCGCUACGAUGCCCGCUCGGGCCUCUUUGUCCGCUUCCAGGAGCUGAACACCCAGGCGCCCCGCUCUUUUGCCCACCUGGCCGUCCACCAGCGGGACUUCGUCUUCGCCGCCAGCUUCAAGGGAGACACGCAGAUCUACCGGCACAUCACCAUCGACCUGAGUGCCUGAGCCCCGCGCCGGGGCAGAGGGGGGCAGAACGGGCUUCAGACAAUGUGAGGGAGCAGCACCAGCCUUAGUCACCGGGUGGCACAGAAUGGGAUGCAGACAAUGGGGGUGCAGCACCGGCCACGGCCACCGAGGGCACAGAACAGGCUUCAGACAAUGUGGGGGAGCAGCACCAGCCUUGGUCACUGGGGACGCAGACAAUGGGGGGGUACAGCACCAGCCGUGGCCACCGGGGCUCAGAAAGAGACACAGACAAUGGGGGUGCAGCACCGGCCAUGGCCACUGGGGGUGCAGAACAGACCCCAGACAAGGGGGAACGGAGCAGGAGGAGGCUGUGCCAGUGAUGCCCACUAGGUGGGGACAGCAGCAGGGACCGACUUUUCAAACCUAUUUCGAUGCCAACCCCCCGCCCCGCCCGCCCACCUGCCUUUUAAAAUCGGUUCUGGAGUUGGUUAAGAACCAUUUCCCCGUUACAUUUUUAAAAAUGGAUUUCAGAGACUUGUUUUUUCCCCACCUCUUUACAAAGGUUUCUGGUUAAGAGCCAGUGUCCUGUGGCUUUUUCAUCGUUAGCAUUUCCCUUUCAGGUGUGUCUUUUUCAAAUUUUUAUUCAUUUACAAUUUUCCUUAACUAAAAAAAUUCAAUUUUCAGUCAGGUUCUGCUUUUAAACCGCUGAGUCAUUUCACAGAGUCAUUAAAGAAAACCGUUUGCCACCUUUUUCAUUCAUUUCAUGUUUCUUACUUUGAUGGCAUUUCCUUUUUAGCCUUUAAAUCUUUUUCCAUCUCCCCUACAUUAAAUGUUCGGGUUCA